AUGGACCUAAUAACAGCGACCUGUCCAAGCGGCGCCGACGCCUCUUUCGGUCCACGAGUGAAUGCUGCCUGUCGCGGUUUCGACUUUACGAUACAAUUUGAAGAUAUUGUACUAGCUUGCUUACCAUCAUCAUUAUUUUUGCUUCUACUUCCAUUGCCUGCAUGGCAGUUAUGGAAGGCGCAUCGUUGUGUUAAGAGAUCUACAUUGCUGUUUAUCAAGCUCGUAACUCUCGGGUGUUUGUUGGCCUACCAAAUUGCUUUCCUCGUCUUGAGGGCAUCAGGCUCUCAUCAUGACCGAGCCCCUGCCUCACUCGCAUCAGAUAUUUUGCAGGUUCUUACAGUAUUCAGCGCCCUUGUCUUGUCCUACAUAAACCACUGCCGUUCAAUCCGUCCUUCGACAAUACUAGUCCUGUAUUUAUCGGCGCGUACCAUAGCAGAUAUAGUUCGUGUAAGAACAUUAUGGCUGAUCCCAGAAGCGAGAAACUCGAGUAUCGUCCUCACGCUGAGCCUUGUUUUUACUCUGAUCGCAUUGGUCUCAGAGUCAAUGGAAAAGGAUGAUAUCCUAAUAGGAUCAGUUAAAAAGCCAGGUACUCCGGAACCAUUCAGCGGGUUCUGGAAACAAGCCACAUUUGCAUGGCUUGCUACAACUUUUCGCCGCGGCUAUACUCAAGUGCUCUCCGUAGAGGACCUUCCAGACUUAGAUCCGAAACUCGAUAGUGGCAUUAUCGGGAGGGAGUUGGCAAACACUUGGGCCAAAACCAGAAACAAAUCUGCGAAGUAUGCGCUCUUUCGAGUAUGCUUGAAUGCAUACCUUGCCCCUUUCCUAUCCGGAGUGUUGCCACGCCUCUGUCUCACUGCCUUCACCUUCUGCCAGCCCUUUCUCAUUAACGCAAUUGUCACUUGGGUUGGCUCUGCGGAUGCUUCCAUGGCCUUUGGUAAGGGCCUAAUAGGAGCUACCGCCCUCACUUACAUUGGCAUGGCUGUAUCGACAGCCCUGUAUGAGUAUCGCACGAUCCGUUUUGUAAUCCGCUUGCGUGGUGGGCUAAUCUCUCUCAUCCACGGCCAAACCGCCCGCGCCCGGAGCGUGGAUCUUGGUAAUAUCACGGCAAUCGCUUUAAUGGGGACAGAUGUAGAGCGUAUCACGGUUGCUUUCAGGUAUAUCCAUGAAGUUUGGGCUUGCUGCAUUGAUAUCGCGAUAGCAGUCUACCUUCUAGAGAGGCAGGUCGGUGUGGCUUGCGUCAUGCCUGUUGUCAUCAUCUUGGUUUUCAUCGGGGCCACUCUUCCGCUCUCUGCUUCUACUAGCACCGCGCAGCGGCUAUGGGUGGAAAAAGUGGAAGAUCGCCUGCGCCUAACCUCGCACGUUCUAGAGAAUAUCAAGGCUGUCAAGAUGCUGGGAUUUUCCGAAAAGUUAUCGUCUAUAAUUCAAGGGCUUCGUCACGCCGAAAUAGUGGCUUCUGCUGCAUUUCGCAAGCUGUUGAUUUGGAGAAUUGUGCUCUCCCAAUCGCCCACUGAUCUUGCUCCGAUAGCGACUUUUACUCUAUAUGUAAUUAUUGCGUUGAUCCGGAAGGACAAUUCUCUACUCGCUGCGCAGGCUUUUACUUCGUUGUCAUUGGUGGCUCUGCUAACGACACCUGUUUUGACGCUUAUCCAAUCAAUACCCGCCGUAAUCCAGUGUAUGGGAUGUUUCGAUAGGAUGCAAGAAUAUUGCAGUGUCCCAUACGCACCUGAUAUAUCUGAUUUACAGAAGGUAUCUAUAGGAUCACACCCACAUGAAGAUCUCGUGGAGUUUCACAACCAAAACUUUGGAUGGAAAGAUGUCAAAAACCCUGUUUUGCGCAACAUCGAUCUUAGUAUCAAGCACGGAGCUUUUACUGCCAUCGUCGGUCCCGUCGGCAGCGGAAAGUCAACUCUUCUAGAGAGUAUUCUUGGAGAGUCUUUGGCUACCGAAGGUUCCACAAAGAGAAAUUUUGCCACGAUUGGCUACUGUUCGCAGACACCAUGGCUUCAGAGCCAUACAGUUCGUGAGAAUAUUAUUGGCAACAUGGACUUUGACAAAGAUUGGUACAAAACGGUGAUCUGGGCAUGCGGAAUUGAAGAGGAUCUAUCGCGACUUGCCCAGGGUGAUAAAACACCUGUUGGCAGCAACGGGUUAAACUUGAGUGGUGGGCAAAAGCAAAGGAUUAGCUUGGCGCGGGCUUUAUACUCACGAUGCAGAGUUGUUAUUCUUGACGACGUCUUCAGUGGGGUUGAUGCUGCAGCCACGGAGAAGAUUGCUUCACGUUUAUUUGAAGCAAACGGACUCUUUCGAAAUAUGAGAACCACCGUUGUUUUUACAACACACUCAAGCCUUCUCCUUCCAUACGCAGAUCAAAUCGUCGUCUUGGCUGACGGUCGGAUUUCUGAGAAAGGUGCUCUAAAGGAUCUAAUAGCUAGCAGUUCUUACAUUCAAGCCAUGAACGUUAAAACAUCCUCCGCAUGCAACGAAGAGAUCGUGGCGUCGGACGAGAAAGCCUCAACCCGUGGCUUCUCUCAUAUUAUAGGCGUCGAUGAAGAAGAAGAGAGUGUUCCAGACUCAGCUGAGUCAACGCUGAAUGAGUUAUCAGAAGACGAUACCGCUCGUCAAAAGGGUGAUUUUUCUGAUUAUAUAUACUAUCUAAGAGCGACAGGCUUACCUGUGGUUGCCGGUUUCUUCGGAACGGUCGCUUUCUGGGCCUUCUGUCGCCAGUUUCCAACUGUAUGGGUCGACUGGUGGACAGCAGCAAAUGAACGAAACCCUGAGGCUGGAGUCGGCAUGUACCUCGGCAUAUACGCAUUUCUCGGCAUCAUUGGUGUAGUCUUCAUGACUUGUGCUUGCUGGUUUAGCCGAGACAUGGACUUGAUCGAUAUGGAUCUCCCCAUGCAGGCACUAAAUUUCGUUGCCGCAACUGGUACCUGUACAGCUCAGAUCGUUAUACUGGCUGUAUAUGCCAAAUAUUUGGCAAUCACCAUCCCUUUUGUCGCUGGUCUUGUUUACAUCACGCAGAAGUUUUAUCUUAGGACUUCACGACAGUUGCGACUUCUGGAUAUCGAAGCAAAGGCGCCUCUAUAUACUCACUUCUUAGAACUUGUGAGCGGAGCGGUGACAGUUCGAGCCUUUGGCUGGCAGGCCGCUUUCGACGACGUGUGUGUAUCACUGCUCAACUUCUCACAGCGACCUGUCUAUCUGCUUAAUUGCAUUCAGCAAUGCCUUCAGUUCUUUUUAGAUAUGAUGGUGGCAGUAGUGACUAUUUCUCUAAUGGCCAUGGUUGUUUUUAUGCGCGAUUCAUUCGAUCCGGGAUCUGUCGGUGUUGCGCUAGUCAUGGUCAUGACUUUUAACAGCAACUUGAUGCUUCUUAUCCGGUUUUGGACUCUUAUGGAGACUUCAAUAGGUGCCAUUUCGCGAAUUAAGAGCUAUGUGGCCACCACAAAGCCAGAAGAGAUUGCUGAAGACAUGCAACCACUGCCUGCUGAAUGGCCUUCCACCGGAUCGAUUAAACUCUCCCAACUCGAAGCGGGUCACUCGAUGACUUCGGCUCCCGUCUUAAAAAGACUUACAAUGUCCAUCAACCCUGGAGAGAAAAUUGCUAUAUGUGGUCCAUCAGGUAGUGGGAAAACAACAUUAGCUCUUUCUCUUCUCCGAAUGGUCGAAACUCAGCAAGGGAGCAUCGAGAUUGAUGGGGUCGAUCUGUCAAUGCAUAGCCGCUCCGAAAUCCGGCAGAGACUGAACGUUGUCACGCAAGAACCGUUCAUCAUGCCUCGAGACGUCCGUUUCAACAUCGACCCGCUCCAAAACGCAUCAGAUGAGUCCAUGAUGGCAGCAUUGCAGAGAUUGGGACUCUGGGACUCGAUGAAAAGCGAAGGCGGCCUCGAUAUGCCAUUGAAGACGACUUCCUGGUCUGCUGGCCAAAGGCAGCUUCUACGCUUGGCGCGUGCGAUGGUGCGGAGGGGAAAAGUACUUAUACUUGAUGAAGCUACUAGCAGGUAA